AUGGAUGAAGAUGAGAAGAAGGACAUGUGUCCUAUCUGUAAAACAGACAGGUAUCUAUCGCCUGAUAUGAAGUUUUUGAUCAAUCCAGAAUGCUAUCAUAAAAUUUGUGAAUCAUGCGUGGAUCGUAUAUUCAGUUUGGGUCCUGCUCAGUGUCCAUACGAAGGGUGCGAUAAAAUUUUGAGAAGAAAUAAGUUCAAGACCCAAAUCUUUGAUGAUGUAGGUGUCGAGAAGGAAGUUGAUAUAAGAAAACGUGUUUUCAAUGUGUUUAACAAGACGCUGGAAGAUUUCGAUAACAACCAAGACGAUUAUGAUAAAUACCUAGAAGAAGUGGAAGAUAUUAUAUACAACUUAGACCAUGGUAUUGAUAUGGAGAAGACCGAGGAGAGGUUACGAACCUACGAAGAAUUAAACAAACAGCUAAUCAUGGCAAAUUUAGAGCGGAGCAAACAAGAUGUCGCUAACUUCGAACAGAGACAGAAGUUUGAAAAGGAAAUGAAGUUAAAGAAAAGACUACUAGAGAAACAGAUAGAAGAAGAAGAGAGGGCUAAUAGGGAGUGGGCAAAGAGAGAAAUUGUCAACCAGCUCACAGUGAAUGAAGAUGCUGAGGAAGUUAUUGAAAAUGUGAAAAAGACUGUCAAGCUAAAGAAAUCCUCUGCCAGAAGGAAGCUCGAAGAAUUAAAUAAAGUGUUAAGAAACAAUCCUUACAUGACAAUGACAAAUGGUAGAAUGAAGAAGAAAGAUACUGUACCGUUCACACCAUUCAAUGGGGACAGGGAUUUACACAAAAGAUACGAAUUGGUUGAAAACGAGUAUAAUGAUUCUUUCAUCAGAGACUUACAAAAGAAGAAGGAAUAUAUAGCCUCAGGAUUCAGGGCGGACUUCAUUUAUGAUAGAAUGUUAACAGAGGCAUUCAUGGGUCUUGGUUGUAUCAUUAGCGAAGAAUUACAAUCCUCUUAG